UAUUUUUUGUCAUUGGCUGUAAUGAAUCAAAAUAAAGGUAACAGCAACAACUAACCUGUUAUUUAUAUUUUUAGGCAUGGGAAGACAAACUGGAAAAAUACAUGCUUGCUAAUGGAGUCCAAGAACGUGAAAUCGCUCUAAAGAAGGGCAACAUAGAUGAAGAUGGAAUCCCUUACAUUACAGUCUAUCAAGAUGGCGGUUGGUGUACAAGAUCAUACGGCCAUGGUUUUACUGCAAAAUCAGGAGUUGCUUGCAUAAUUGGAGCCGAAACUAAUGGUUUGCUGUACGUUGGAAUACGCAACAAGUAUUGUUAUAUAUGUAACAACCAAGAAAAACCAGGCAGCAAAUCCAGGCCACAUAAAUGCUACAAAAAUUAUAAAGGAACUUCAACAGGAAUGGAACAAGAAAUUAUUGUACAAGGUUUUAAAGAAAGCGAAUCGAUGCAUGGGGUACGUUAUUUGUACAUUAUCAGUGACGGUGAUUCAAGUUCGUAUCUGAAGAUUCAGCGAGGUGUUUCAUAUGGUAGACAUGUAGUGAAAUUGGAAUGUGCCAACCAUAUGAUAAGAAACUACACUAGCAAACUACAUGCCAUUACCAAGGAUACCACUCACGUCAUCACUGCAAGGCGUCAAUUGUCCCAGUUAAUUCCUCGAUUGACGAGAGGGGCACGAGCAGCUAUUGCUUCUGCAAAUAAAGAGUGCAAUAGUACUAUGCUGCAAAAAGAUUUGAAGAAUGGUCCUUACCACGUAUUUGGCGAUCACGAGAAUUGCCGAGACACAUUUUGUGUCAGGAAAGGUACGGGCGAGCUAAACAAUGUUCCAAUUAUGUCUGCAACAACUAUAUGGCCAGCUAUAAUGAAAGCACUAGACCCACUCAUUACCAAGGCUGACAAGUUGUUAGGUAAUAAAACAACUAACCAAGCAGAACGCUUCAUGAGUUUGAUUUCAAAAUUUUCCGGUGGCAAACGGACAGAUGUCUCAAAAAGUGGUCGGUACAAAAGGUGCUGCUUGGGUGCUAGUCUGUCACACAUCAAAGGUCCGAACGGCACCUUUCACCAGUAA